AUGCGAUCGCUCAAAUGUCGGUCGCUCAAAUGUCGGGGUCGCUCAAGUGUCGGCGCUCCAAUGUCGUUUAAUCAAAUGUCGGUUAAUCGAAUUUAUUUAAAUAUGGGUAUAAAAAAAUUUAAAGAAAUUCGAAUGAAUGUUUUUCCAAAAAAAGAUUUUCUAAGACCAGCCAUCAUAUUAUCCGAUAGAGCACAUGUUAUCCUCCAAUGUGCUCUACAAGUAUUCAAUGAUGGUGAAUCAUAUCAACAGUUUUUGGAGCUAGCAUUUCGAAUUGUUAAUCAUCGAUCAACAACAUCAGAUUUCAAAUUAACUGCUAUUCAUGCCUGUUUGGCACAUAUUAUGUUAGAUAUUCGGAAAUUAUGCAACAAAUUUAUUAUAAACAAGCAUGAUCGUACUUUAUCAAUGUGGUGUGGUGCAUUACUUGUGAAUACAAACAAUUGGACAGAAAUGGUGGAAAAUUGGAGGAUAAUAUGCACAGUAUUUAUGAACAUGUAUACUAAUAAGGAAAAUAAACAAAUCAUGGACAUAUUGUUCAAAAAAAUUAGUUGUAUCAGUAACAAUCUAAAUUUCAGAACAACUAUAGAAGACACAACAGAAGGUGAUGAUAAUACACCAAAUGGUCAAUAUCGUUUUAAUAAUACUAAUGAUGACGGUGAUUUGGGUCGUUAUAAAAAACAACUGAGCAAUUUUGAUAGUUUAUCAUUGCAAAAAUUUAAUCCACAGCGAACAAAUAAUAAUUCUGAAAGUAGAAUGGGUAUUCUGAAACAAACCCAGUUAGAUUCAUUAAGAGUUUUACGAUUCGAAGAUAAAAACGAAGCAUUUUUUGCCUUCGAAAAUAAUCCUUAUACACAAUCAACACGAACUAAAAAUUUAGAUAUUGGAAGAUUAUUCGAGACAUCAUCAAAAAUUAUUGUUUUUCUGCGUCGAAUGAAUUUUAAUUCGACAAAUGAAAAUAUUCCAACUGUUGGUGAAGGUCUGACUGAAAAUCAUCCGAUUAAUUUGCCUACACAACCAUCCAUAAUCCAAACAAGAAAUGAUACAGAAAUAAGCAAAUAUCUGAUUUUUAUUUAUAACUCGAUCUCUUUUUCUAUUAUUGGAUAUCCUGGCUCGAACAAAACCACUGCUGUUGAUUUAAUUAGAAAUAGUUGCUUGGAAACAGAAGAAGCGCUGGACGUAACACCAGACAAAUCUGGCAUUAACAGCAGUGCUACAAUCAAAAGUCUACUUCACGAGCUGAAAAAUAGCCAUCCACGCUUGAUACAACUGUGGGAAGAAUUGACAACUCUAAUGCAGUCGUUUGGUCUCUACAAAGGUGGCGCCGGGUCUUAUGAUAGAUUGAUCAUAUACACCCUUUACAAUACAAACCAUAUUGUAAGAAGACAAACCGUCAAGUCACCAUCAGUCGCCAUAGUAGAUCCCGUGUUAAAUAUCGGUUCAGGCGGACAUCCCGGCGAUAUAUUUGAUUCUGUUGUUGCGGAUAACGAAGCAAAAUUUCAAAUAAACCGUCUCGCUGGUGCUUUACAUAAUGUUCGUAUUGCCGGUAUGGUACUUGAAAUAGUUCGUGAUCAACAGCAAGGAUUAUCCUAUCACGAUUUCAAAAAAGACACUAUGGAACGUAUAAAAUCCGCAGUGGGAGAAUUCAAAAGAAAUAAAAGAUUCGAAACAAUAUCAUCAGUAACAGCUCAAUCGUCUCUAGCUCUAAUGGAUUAUUACAUCUGCCAGAAGAAAAUCUAUCCUAACAGAAAGAUAGAAGAAACACUGGAAGAACUUCGAGCUCAAUUCGAAGAACAAAACGAUGAAGGGCAACAAGAAAAUCAGUUCAGUAAUCAAAUUCCCGAAGUUGAACGUAAUCCUCACAAAACUAUCCUCUUAUCACCUGAGCAAAAAGUAUUAUGGGAAUAUUUAAUGAAACAUCAUGGUGGUUUUAAAAGUAAACAGCUUCAAGGGGCAGCAAGAGAACUUGCAAAGGAAGGAUUAGGUAAGUACGAGUACUACUACUAUUCAUUCAAACUGUAUUUUAAAUAUUCAAAUAGAAUGGACUCUGCUAUCUUUUGAGUAACGUUCGAAUGAAAAACCUAUAAAAACUUUGUUAUAUCACAAGAUUCAAUAAAGCAACUUCUUUUGUGGCAAAAGAUGGAGAUCGUGUCUAUUCUUAGUGAAUUAGUUUUAUAAUAAUUAGUGAUUACAACGAUUCAAAUCAAGAUCAGGAUAAA